AUGCAAGUUAAACAUGAACCAGCGCAUGAGCAUGGAGAUGAGACCAUCAUUCUGAACUUUUGCCUCAUAGUUAAGCGGGGAAGUCGACAAAUGGCUCCACAUACCGGACCGGAACAGCAAAUAAGGUUGCGUGAAGAUAUCGGGGACGACAAUGGUGCAGAAACCGAGCGUGGCACAAGAGCUACGGCUUCUUAUGUUGGCGGUUGUGCCGUCGGUGCGACAGUAACAGGCUUCCUCCCACAGCUUCAGACACUCUCAAAAAAUCCUAAACAAAAUAUAAAAUAA